UGUCAACAAAUUCGUGAUGUCGGUUGUGUUUUAUCACAUAAACAUAUACUUUAAUUAAUUAAUUAAAUUUUUUAUUCAAAAAUUUUCAUUUUUAUUUUGAGUUUUUUUUUGGGGGGUAAUUAAUUAAUUAAUUAUCUUGUUAGUGGUUCAAUCUUACUAAUUACCGUUUUAAUGCGAUUCGCUCAAUUCCACGCCGAAGACCCGAGGGAUCAAAGGAAUUUAUUAAGGCGAUAGAUGCCAAGUAAUUGCUGGAUUUUAUACUAAUGGAUUAAACAAUUAAAAAAAAAUUCGGGACACUAAAUUUAAAAAUUAAUUUAUAAUAUUUAAAAUAUUAAAAUUAAAAUGUCUGGAGUUUUUAUAUCAAAUGACAUGCAAUUUAAAUUUUAAAAAAUGUUUUUACCGCGUAAAGAACUUUUUCAAAUGAUCUAAAGUUUUUAUCACAAAUUUUUGUAGAAAAAAAAAAAUAACAAAUAGAAAAUAUGUUUGAACUCAAAGUAUCCGAUCACAAUCGAUAGUUAACUAGUGAAAGAAGCCACUCCCGUCAUCACGUCGACGACAGCUUCCGGAGGCUUUAAUAUAGAAUCUCAUUAAUACGCUUGCGCUGACUCUGGCACUCGUAACCCGAAGACAUCGCCCUUAUUGCAUUCCCUUAAGGAUUCUUGACUAUUCAAAAAGAUAAAUAUACAUAUAUAUAAAGGUCUAUAUAUUUAUGAAUUCGAAAUAAGAAAAAAACUUCGAGAAAAUAUUUGGAAGAAAUGAGAGAAAAUUGAAAGCAUCGAUUGACCGAUAAAAUAAUUUAUUUAUCGAUUCUUUUAUUUGUUUAUUUAUUCGCUCACUCAGACGCUCAUUAAUAAUAAUAAUGACAGACUAUGAGAGAAUACGUUUGGUCGUUCUUGGUGGUGCUGGGGUUGGAAAGAGCGCUAUUAUUAGAAGACUUCUUGGUCAAGGUUUCACUGAAAGAUACAGACCGACUGUCGAGGAUCUUUAUUCACGUGAAUGUAUCCUCGGUACAAUGACAUUUAAAGUUGAUCUUUUAGAUACUGCAGGAGACUUGCAGUUUCCAGCAAUGAGAAGACUAAGCAUAGCAACAGCGCAUGCAUUUCUUUUAGUUUACGCGACAACUUCAUCGCCAAGUUUUGACUGUGUUAAGAUGUGCUUCGAAGAAGUUAGAGAGCAACGACCUGACUACCAAGAAGUACCAAUAGUUGUGGCAGGCAACAAAUUAGAUUUAGCAUCAGUAAGACGUGAAGUACCAAUUGAGGAUGUCAGUGAAUGGCUUUUCUGUGAGCUGCCAAAACUCCGUGCCAAAGUAAUGGAGUGUUCAGCCAAAGAUGACUACAAUAUAAAAGAACUAUUCAGGUGUUUUGUCACACUCUCGAAAAUAGUACCUAAGAAUCCGGGCGGUGAACUCGACGAAUCCGGACUGAGAAGAAGAUGUUCCGCUUACGGAUCUCGACGAUCUGGAAGCCCGAACGGAAGAACCGGUAGUGCUGGUUCGGGGCCUACGCAACAAGUAUUAGCAGCACAAGGAACGAGUGUAGUCGCUGUUGCUGAAGAAGUCAAGAGUAAACCUCGCAGCAGAAGUCUUAUAAGACGAGCAUCUAGAAAAACAAAGCAGCAGAUCCGCGAGUCGCAUGCUGAUGAUUGUAAUAUUUCUUAAAUAAUCGUUACUUUUUUUUUUACUUCCCACUGCAUUUAAUAAUAAAUAAAUAAAAUUAUUAUUGAGUGUGUUGAUAUUUCUUGAUAAGAAAUAUUUAAUAAAAAUGUACAAGCCAAGUGAGUUUAUGUAUGACCGUAAAAUUUUUAGGGCAACAAAAGUACUGAGGUAAGUUUUGAGUUCAAGUAGAGUUUGAAGAAGUAGAGGAAAAAUAUGAACCUACGUAAAAAUAUGAGAAGUAUAUUCGUAUAUAUGGAUAUAUAUAUGUAUAUGUUUUGAAGAGAACAAAUGUUGGUUGAAUAAAAAAAAUUUAAGUAGAGACAGACAUUGAGGUAGAGGGCAGACUGCUAGAGACAUCAAAGACGUUUUCUGUAUAGUACUUUCUACAAAGUAAUCUUGCGCGCGGUAUAAUAAAAUGGAAUAAUAAUAAUAAUAACAGAGGAAAGAUAAAUAAAAAGCAUUGCGCAUUCUAUGGGUGAACUUAUCAACUCACGACUGGGAGCCAGAUUUACUUGUUUUGGUUAUCAGUCAAAUAAAUGCUUAAAAAAUUAGAAAAGACUCCUGAAAUUUUUUUUUUUUUACUUAUUUUUUAAAAAGGGUAAUAUGGAGUCAGGGGUAGUGUGGGUCACUUAAAAUUGUGGUCAAAAAAUUUUAUAAAAAAAAUUAAUUCUUGAUUUUUUGAAUUUUUUUAAGAGGGUUCAUUUUGCCUCACAUUAAAAAUUUUUAUUUUUUUAUACUUGGGUUAUAUUACGAGUGUUAAGAAUUUUAAAAAAUAGUGAGAAAAAAAUUACUACUAGUUUUUUUUCUUAGAUGACCCAUUUUCCCCCCUUUAUCUAUAUAAAAUUGUUAGAAGAUUAUUUAUAAAAAUUUUCGAUUUAUCUGCACUAAACAUAUCAGUCUAUUAUAUAUCUAAAAUAUUAUAAAUUUUACUUACAGCUGCGUUUUUUCUCGACAUCCGAUCAACGGAUGGUCGACGGUUCGAAUCCAGCCCGCGGUCUUUUUGCGAUAAAUCAAUUUGAAUUUUUUCCUUCCGGUGAAAAUAGUUACUGAAAUUAAAAAUAAAUAAAUAUGAACAUUAGUUAAAAGUAUGAAGGUUUUAAAAAAAAAUUCUCUUAACUAUACAGUAAUUCGUUAGUUGAUAAUUAUAAAAUAAAAAAAAUGUUUUUAUUUCGACAUUAACACUAACGAGAAUUUAAUCCUCAAAAUAAUUUUUUUAUUUUCGAGUGUGAAGUAAAAAAAGAUUGUGUUACCAAACAAUGUAAAGAGCAUCUUGAAUAUGAAGAUAAAAUAUGAGAAAUAAAUUUCUACAGUUACUUUAAAAUAUGAAAUUUAAAUUCAAAGAGAAAAUUUUUUAAAGGGACGGUAGAUGAUUCUGGAUGUUGGAUGCUGUUUGAGUUCAGAUGAGAGAUGAGUCGGGUGCUCGGAAUAAAAUAGCAUAGAAUAUAAAGAGCAGAGUCAAGCGUGGAGUUGCGACCUGUUCACAAGGAUAUCUUUGACGUGUUACAUUAAUAAGGAUACGUAUUACUCGCACGACUGCGUUUUUCUUGAGGUUCUAUAUCUGUAUAUAGAUCAAGUACGAGUAUAACUCGACGUCGUACGAAUGGCGAAAAUCAUGAAAAGUAAGUGGUUGUUUGAGACGGCUAUGAAUACUUUGAUAAGUCAUUAUAUUCGCGAAAGGAAACGUGUUACAAAGAGAAUAUUAGUUUUAUCUACUCUUGAUGUCUGUCUCUUUACAUCUUUGUCAUCGCUUUUAACCUCAAUCUGAAGUUUACGUUCGCGGAAAAUCGUCAAGAUACUAGAGAACAGGGCACGAUAAGUUCCCUUGAAAAUUUUUUUUACUUUCAAAAAAUUUAACAGAAAACAAAAAAUUUGGGUACCGUCCUAAGGAAAAAUUUUUUUAUAAAAAAUAUCGAAAUCUCAUUCUACAUUUGUUCAAUUAAGUGAAAAUUAAAUUAAGUACGGUAAUUUAAAUUCAGGAAAAAAAUUAAUUUCAGGGAGAAAUGGCGGGAGAUUUGAAAAAAAAAUUUUUAAUUGAAAUUAUUGAAAAAUAAUUAAUUUGUGAAAUAAAACAGAAGCUAAUUGAAUUGCAAUUAAAAGUAAAAUGAAUAAAUUACUCUCUGAAUUUUCCUGUGCCUCA